AUGAAUGUUGUCACCACACAACAGUUGUUGGCGGUAAGGAGGGAAGUCAAGCUAACAACAAAUGUAAUUGGUGCUGCGUUAUACUCGUGAACAGUCAUGAGUGAGUUUAGAAUACACCAUGACGUGAACGAACUCCUCAGUCUCCUGCACGUUCGAGGAGGGGAUGGAGCCGAGGUUUAUAUUGAUUUACUGCAGAAAAACAGGACGCCCUAUGUCACCACCACUGUCUCCGCACACAGUGCCAAGGUGAAGAUAGCGGAGUAUUCAAAAACACCCGAGGACUUUUUGAAGAAAUAUGAAGAGCUCAAGUCAAAGAAUGUGCGGAACCUCGAUCCACUUGUUUACCUUCUGUCAAAACUCACCGAAGACAAAGAGACGUUGCAGUACCUACAGCAAAAUGCCAAGGACAGGACAGAGAUGUCUGCAAAUGCCUCAGCUGCAACCAGCUCAACCUUCAGCAUCCCCCAAACCAGCACAAAGAUGUCCAUGCAGGAGCUGGAGGAACUACGCAAGAAGCUGGGCAACGUCACCGCCAGCUCCAACGUACCACAGUCUGCAGAGGUAACCCGGAAGAUGUUAAGGGACAAGCACAACAAGAAGAAUCCCACACAGACCAUCCCUGUGUUUCCCAACUGGGUGUAUGACAGGCCUGCCCUCAUCGGGGAUUUCAUCGCUGGCACCACACCUGUUGGAGAGCCAGCGGCACCUAUUGGUACCAUGCCAUUGACUGCCCAAGAGCAAGCAUUGGUGGAGGACCUACUCUUCGUUCUGAUUGGUGUAGACGGGCGUGACAUCACUGCGCAGCCUGUGCUGGGCAGGCAGAGCCGCUCCUUCAUCGUGGACACGUCCUUGGACAUGUCGAUCAAAGAGCUGGUGAACCGCAUCCUCCCGGUCGCCUCCUGCUACUCCACCAUCACACGCUUCACUGAGGAGCGGUCGUCAUUUGAGUACGGCCAGGUGAACCACGCCCUGACGGCGGCGAUGCGGACGCUGAUGAAGGAGUACCUGAUCCUGGUGACGCAGCUGGAGCACCUGCACCGGCAGGGUCUGCUCUCCCUGCAGAAGCUCUGGUUCUACAUCCAGCCUACCAUGCGCACCAUGGAGAUACUAGCCUCUAUCGCUAUGUCUGUGGAGAAGGGGGACUGCAUGGGCGGCGCCACGCUGAGCCUGCUUCACGACCGCACUUUCAACUACACCGGAGACAGCCAGGCCCAGGAGCUGUGCCUGUACCUCACCAAAGCCGCCAGCGUCCCCUACUUCGAAAUCCUGGAGAAGUGGGUCUACAGGGGCAUCAUCAAAGACCCGUACAGUGAGUUCAUGGUGGAGGAGCACGAGCUUCAGAAAGAGAAGAUCCAGGAGGACUACAAUGACAAGUACUGGGACCAGCGCUACACCAUCAUCCAGCAUCGCAUCCCUUCCUUCCUGCAGAAAAUGGCAGACAAGAUUCUCAACACAGGCAAGUAUCUGAAUGUAGUUCGAGAGUGUGGUCGUGACGUGACGUGUCCAGACGCCAAGGAGGUUCUAUACACUCUGAAGGAGAGGGCGUAUGUGGAGCAGAUCGAGAAGGCCUACUACUACGCCAGCAAGGUGCUGCUGGACUUCCUCAUGGAGGAGAAGGAGCUCGUGUCACGCUUGAGGUCCAUAAAACAUUACUUCCUGAUGGACAAAGGAGAUUUCUUCGUCCACUUCAUGGACCUGACGGAGGAGGAGCUGAAGAAGCCUGUAGAUGAAAUCCACCCCCCUCGACUGGAGACUCUGCUGGAGCUGGCCCUGCGCAUGAGCACGGCGAACACGGAUCCUUUCAAGGAUGACCUAAAGAUCGACCUGAUGCAGCAUGACGUGAUCACGCAGCUGCUGCGGGUGCUGGCGAUCGAGACCAAGCAGGAGAAGGCCCUCAUCAACGCCGACCCCACAGAGGUGGCCCUCACCGGCCUUGAGGCCUUCUCCUUCGACUACAUCGUCAAGUGGCCUCUCUCGCUCAUCAUCAACCGGAAAGCACUGACCCGCUACCAGAUGCUGUUCAGGCACAUGUUCUACUGUAAGCAUGUGGAGCGCCUGCUCUGCAAUGUCUGGGUCUCCAACAAGAUGGCCAAGCAGUACUCCCUGCACUCUGCUAAAUGGUUUUCCACUGCAUUUGCCCUGAGGCAGCGGAUGCUGAACUUUGUGCAAAACAUCCAGUACUACAUGAUGUUCGAGGUCAACGAGCCAACAUGGCACAUCAUGGAGAACAACCUCAAAUCAGCAUCAAACAUUGAUGAUGUCCUGUGCCACCACACUAGUUUCCUAGACAACUGUCUGAAGGACUGCAUGUUGACCAACCCUGAGCUGCUGAAGAUCUUCUCCAAGCUCAUGUCUGUGUGCGUCAUGUUCACCAACUGCAUGCAGAGGUUCACCCUCAGCAUGCGUCUGGAUGGAGAGAUGAAUCGCUUGGAACGCCAAACCUACAAAAGUGAAGAAGAGAAGAAGAAGCUCUCUAAGUUUGUGGCGGAGCACGUGGACGCGCUGCAGUCGGACGCGAGCUUCGAGGCGACCAUCAGCAAGUUCGACAGCAACUUCAGCACUCUGCUGCUGGACCUGCUGGACAAGCUGAGCAUCUACAGCACCAAUGACUGCGAGCACAGCAUGAUCAAUAUCAUCUACCGGUUGGACUUCAACGGCUUCUACACGGAGCGCCUAGAGAAGAUGGCCAUCGAGCGGAGUCAAAAAGCCGCGGCGUAGCGCCUCCUUGUUGUCAUGACGAACAUCUGCAUGACACCAUGACUCUUAGCCAGAUGUUGGCCUUGUAGCACUUCACAUUUUUUGUAUUACAUCCCGCUCCAUAAUGCCUGUAAACAACAACAGUCAUUCUCCACUUUGUCCGGAAACAGUGUGAAUCCUGUCUAAUGGAUGAGGUGACAUGAUUGUGUGAUGAUAUUCUGGACUGAAGUGGACUGCACUGAUGAUAUGCUGUUGCUGCAAACAUAACAAAAACUGUUAUUUAAACUCUUGUCUUACAAAAAAAAGUAUCAUUCAAAGUGGACACACUCGUUUGUGUUCGUUGUAAGUGUGUUAUGCAACUGUUGUUUAUAGACUCCCCUUCCUCUCUCCCUUGGCCUGGCCCCUUAAUAAAGUCUUAUGAAAAAAGGGAAA